AUGCUAGAAUGAAUUGCAAGAGCCAUUGGAAGAGCUGGGGGAGUGCCUGUGCCUUCAGCAAAUUUGUAGAAAGAUCUGGCUCUGAAGGUUACUUUAUUGGACCUGCACUUCUCUGUGGGUUAACAACUGAUCGGUCACUUGAGACAGAAUGCCUUCCUACACUGUAACGGUGACCACGGGCAGCCAAUGGUUUGUUGGCACAGAUGAUUAUAUUUACCUUACACUUGUGGGUUCCAAAGGGUGCAGUGAGAAGCAUCUUCUUGAUAAAGCCUUCUACAAUGAUUUUGAAAGAGGAGCGAUCGAUUCCUAUGAUAUAACAGAACCAGAAGACAUUGGAGACAUUCAGCUUUUAAAGCUGGAAAAACACAAAUACUGGUACAAGGAUGACUGGUACUGCCGACAUAUAACUGUCAAAACACCAUCUGGAGAUUAUCUUGAGUUUCCGUGCUACAGGUGGAUCACCAAUGACAAGGAGGUAGUUCUUCGAGAAGGAAAAGCAAAAUUGUCUCGAGAUGAUGUUACUCAAGUCCUUAAGCAGCACAGACGAAAAGAACUGCAAGAAAGGCAAAAAUUGUACAGAUGGAAAGAGUGGUAUCCUAGUUUCCCCCUGAGCAUUGAUGCACAUUCUCACAGUGACUUGCCACAUGACAUUCAAUUUGACAGUGAAAAAGGAGUUGAUUUCAUCUUAAAUUACACCAAAGCGAUGGAAAACCUCUUUGUUAACAGCUUCAUGCACAUGUUCCAGUCGUCAUGGAAUGACUUUGCUGACUUUGAGAAGAUCUUUGUUAGAAUCAGCAAUACAAUUUCAGAAUAUGUGAUGCAACAUUGGAAGGAAGAUUUUAUGUUUGGAUACCAGUUUCUGAAUGGCUGCAACCCUGUGAUGAUUACAAAAUGCAAACAAAUCCCUGCUAAUUUCCCUGUGACAAAUGAAAUGGUAGAAUGCAGCCUGGAACGGAAUCUGACUUUAGAGCAAGAAAUUGAGAAGGGAAAUAUUUUUAUUGUUGAUUACCAUCUUCUGGAUGGCAUCUCUGCCAACAAAACUGACCCCUGCACAAUGCAAUACAUUGCUGCUCCCAUCUGUUUGUUAUACAAGAAUCUGGAAAACAAGAUUGUCCCAAUUGCAAUACAGCUAAAUCAAGAGCCUGGACCAGAAAACCCAAUAUUUCUGCCAUCAGAUGCACAUUAUGACUGGUUAUUAGCUAAAAUAUGGGUGCGUUCAUCUGACUUCCAUGUGCACCAAACUAUAAGCCACCUCUUGAGGUCUCAUCUUCUUUCAGAGGUUUUCGCAAUUGCAUUGUAUCGGCAGUUGCCUGCUGUUCACCCUGUUUUUAAGCUUCUUAUACACCAUGUGCGUUUCACUAUUGCCAUCAAUACAAAAGCUCGGGAGCAACUCAUCUGUGAAUGUGGUCUGUUUGAUAAGGCAAAUGCCACUGGGGGUGGAGGGCAUGUGGAGCUGCUGCUACGUGCAAUGAAGUAUUUUACAUAUGAAUCCCUUUGCUUACCUGAAGCAAUCCAAAUGAGGGGAAUGGAAAAUGCAGAAGAGAUUCCAUAUUAUUUCUAUAGAGAUGAUGGCUUAAAGGUUUGGGAAGCAACACAAAACUUUGUGAGAGAUGUGGUGAACAUUUACUAUGCAAGUGACCAGAUUGUGUGUGAGGAUGAAGAACUUCAAGCUCUUGUGAAGGAUGUUUUUGUGUAUGGACUUCGGGACAAUAAAGAGUCAGGAUUUCCCAAAGUUAUUAAGACCAAAGACAAAUUAAUUGAAUAUCUGACAUUAGUGAUAUUCACUGCAUCUGGACAGCACGCAGCUGUGAAUUUUGGGCAGGUAUAUCAAUGGUUUUUAAUUAUAUCCAACAAUAUUUAUCAAAUAGCAAAUCAAGUGGUCGAAUGUGUAAAAUGUCAGUUGAUCUGAUCAGUAGAUCUCAGCACAGUAGUGUGUCUUUUGGUUGCACUUUCCUGUUUACACAAAUUGAAAAUUUGCUUUGCGGAAAAAAAAAUCUUAUUUUCAAGUUUUUUUCCGAUUUUUUCAACCGAUUUUCA